AUGUCUGACGCCGUCCGUCAAGGGCGGCCAGCCUUGCUUCAGGCAAUUGAGCGCGCGUUGGAUGGAAUGAACGAGAAAGUGACAGCAGACUUUCAGAGGCGCGACGAAGAAUGGCGGCAAAAGUACAACAAACUGCGAGCAGACUCGCAGGCAUCGCAGGGGCAGAUGGAAUCCGAGAUGAGCCAGCUGCGGAGUCAGGUUGCGACGCUGACAGAUUCUCUUCAGCGGUCCGAGGCCGCACGGAAUGCCGCGCACCAGAGUGGGCCGGUCACAGCAGGCGACGUCAAUUCACAGGAGAGCAUGUCCGAGCUCGUGCAAGAGCUUCAGGAGGCCCUAGAAAAGUCGAAUAUGCGACAUGCGGUGGCCAAGUCGCAGCUCGAAGAAGUGGUGGCGUUGGUUCGGAAGCGCAAGGCCGAAACGCUCCGAUGGGUGGAAUAUGCCGACAGCCUCGAGGUGAAAAUCAAGAAGCUGGAGAAGAAACUGGCCGCGGCCCGACAGACGGCCGUACCGCUCGAGGACCGUACAUCCACGCCAGCAGCACUCGAUAUGGUAGAGAAAACACAGCCACAGCCACAGCCGCAACCGCAACCACAGGCCGAAGUCACCAAGCCGACCCUGAGCGCUAGUUUCACCUCAUCGGAAACAUAUUCUUUCUUGGGCCACCCGACGGCGGACGAUGACGGCGCUGAGCCGGAACUGCCGCCACAAAAAGUCCCUAAAGGGACCCGUGCGGAUGGUGCGAACAACGAGACUGUACCGGACUCCACACAAAGCGAGCCGUCGUCAGACGCGGCGCAGCCCGACCUUCCCGACCUGACCGCGCUUCCCACGCCGCGUGCGACCAGCUCAGACGACGUUGCUGGCCAUGUGACGAUUAAGAACGAGCCGUCCUCCGACGGGCCUGAGAUCAUCUGGGAACGAGUGACUAAGAAGCUCAAGAAGGGCGCGAACGACCGAUCGAACGACCGCCAAACACCGCAGAUCCUGCCGGCGGUGAAGCGAGAAAGCUCCGACAACACGCCUCGGGCACUGGGUUUAGCGAACUACCGGGAGUCACAAGAGAGCAUCGACCUCGACGAGGGGCAGCUCACAGUGCAAACACCACGGAAAAGGCAUCUCUUUUACCAGCAACAACUGCUCUUGGAAAGAGACAACAGCGACGAGUCGAGUCCAGCUGCGUCCCAAGAAAAGCCCGCAGAUGAGCCAGGCGCCCAAGUCUCCAGGGACACUGAAGACUCCAAGCCCGCUACCGUAGCAGCGUGUCUGGUUCCGCAGCCACCACCUCCCGCGCGACCUUUGCCGUGCACGCCAUCUACGCCGCUGGCGCCGAUUUCUGGCAACGUCCGCCGUGGGCCCAAGGACCCGGUGAAGGGCCUUACGUCUCUGAAGCGAGGUAUCGAAUCGCUGGCUGAAGACAAUCAGGCCUACGACUCGCCCUCUGUCACUUCAAAGCGCACGGCCAUGGAGCCACCGAGCACGACAAGACAGACUCGACUCCGCUCGCUGCUUAAUUCGCGGCCAUCCGAGCCGAGUCCUGUUUCGUCGUCGCUUCCACGAGCAACCGCUAUCCCGCGAACUCAUGGCGGCACAGACAGUCCGACUGCUGGUCUCUUUGGACGGCCACCGCCGACGCGGAAGCUGCCGCAUCUUCGCGAUGACGACAACGUGUCUCUGCCGAGAACGCCCAGCGCGGCUCCUGCACGACAUGCUGGCACGCCCGCGGCCGCGGGGCUCGCUACACCCACCACAAACCCAUUGACAGCGGCGCUGCUGGCCGCCAAGGCCGAGAGCACGGCCAAGAAGGUGUCGUCGCCCCUGCGCGGCCGGCCCGUCGACCGCCUCAAGCUGGACGACUUCAAAAUCAACCCAGCCUUCAACAACGGCGAGACGUUUGCGUACAACGAAGUGGUGCGCGGCCGGGCAGACCGUGCCGGCCUGUCGGGCUGCACCGACCCGCAGUGCUGCGGCAAGGCCUUUCGCAGCAUGGCGACGUCCGAGCUGGACGCCGCCGGCCCCGCCCAUCUCCGACGCUCCGAGUGCCUUGUCUUGAUGGAGCGGCACCUGGGCGACGGCGCCUACAUGCUGGGCCAGAUGUCGCCCGAGGAGAAGAAGGCGCUGUGGCUCGAGGCGCGCACAAAAGAGCUUGCUGACAAGUACGGCAAGCACCGGCACCGCUUCCACCGGAGGGCGUCGCCGCCCGGGUUCUGGGACACCGACUUCCCCACCACCCAGGACGAGGAGCACAACCGAGCCGAGGCGGACAAGGUCGAGCGGAUCACGGUCCAGGAGCGGUAUCGGGAGGCGAUGCGGUCUGGAGGCGGCCGAUGGAUGUUCCGCGACGAAUGA